UCUCAAAUAUAAAACCUGCUGCUUUGCAAAGGCCUCAAAGGUUUGUUGCAGAAUAUUGGGGAACAAACAGCGUCAACACAACAGACGGGGAUUAAAUUGUGGAGAACUUUUAAGGCGAAGCAACCGUGGAAAUAGUUAAAUUACUUGACAAUACUGGAAGAAAACCCCAUAAAGGCUUUGAAUAACUUGAGACUGCCUUACAGCAAGACGAAAUGACUUCCCAAAUCCGACAAAACUUCCAUCAGGACUGCGAGGCUGCAAUCAACAGACAGAUCAACUUAGAGCUGUAUGCCUCCUAUGUUUAUCUCUCAAUGGCGUACUACUUUGACAGGGAUGAUAAAUCCCUAGAAAAUUUUGCUAAAUUCUUCAAUGCCCAGUCGAAAGAGGAGUGUGAGCAUGCAGAGAAGCUGAUGAGUCUGCAGAACAAGCGUGGAGGCAGAAUAUUCCUGCAGGACAUCAAGAAACCCGAUAGAGACGAGUGGGGGAGCGGCCUGGAGGCCUUGGAGUGUGCUUUGCAGCUAGAGAAGAGUGUAAACCAAUCCCUGCUGGACCUGCAGAAAAUGGCAGCGGAACACAAUGAUCCUCAUAUGUGUGACUUUGUAGAAACACAUUUCCUGGAUGAGCAGGUGAAAUCCAUCAAACAGCUGGCAGACUGGAUCUCAAACCUGCGUCGCAUGGGCGCUCCUCAGAAUGGGAUGGCCGAGUACCUCUUUGACAAACACACCAUGGGGGAGGAAACCAGUUAAACUGAGUAGCAAAUCAUCGUCCAUCUUCACCUCUGGGGAAGAACUGUGUCAAAAUUUCUCAAAAUAUCAUGUCAUGUGGCAUUAUAGCUAUUUAUGCAUCAACCUUUUGUGGCAAUAUUUAGAUAAAUAUGUGUUUGGAGUUUAGAUCAUGCCAAAGUAACAUUUAUCAGUGGUUGUAUGAUGGAAAGAAAGUUCACCUUCACACCUGGAUUAAGACCACCCUACGUUCUCAAGAAUUUACAAAACCAUUCAAAUCAUUGUAGUGAGGAGGUAUUGAGUGGCUCUAAAUGGCAGUCAUAGUACUGCGUUGUUAGUACUACGACUCCAGAAAAAAAUUAAGAGACCACUUAAAAUGAUCAGUUUCUCUGAUUUUAGGUACAUGUUUGAGUGAAAUUAACAUUGUACUUUUAUUUC